CGCAUCGAACGCAUUGGAGCGUCGGGUGUGCCUUUGGGGGCCCGUCAAUACGUCGCUCUUGCGCCUUCGUCCGAACACAUUGUAUUCUGAAACGGUGACGCGCGGAUGGACUCCCCACGGUGGCGCGUUAUUUAUCAUUUUUUGUUCCCCCUUGUCCGUAUCCAUUUUGGCUCAAGCCGUUUCGGCUCAGGCCGCUCUGGCCCAGGGCCUGCUCUUCCCAGUCCCAGAGCUCGGCGAGGGCCCCCCCGAGGUCAACAGCAGCGACGCACUUCUGCCGACGGCCGGCGCCUGCCGCCAGGGAGGCGGGCCGCGCAUGGAACACCAUGGCAGGCUGUUGACCACGAGGAACACGUUCCUGCACUGCCCGGCCCCCUGGACGGACUCCGUGGAGCUGCCUGCGCGGCACAGCUCCGACCCCGGUGCCUCCGCCGACACCUCCACUGCGCCUGCGGACGUCGACGCGGCGCCCCGCGAGCCGCCCGCGGGUGCCCUCCGGGGCCGCUGGCACGCCGCCUCGGCGAGGCGAGUCCGCAGCAGCGCACCCGACCUCGCCGCCGCGGGGGGCUCCCCGGCCGCCGCGGCCGCGCGCGCGCGGCUCCCCGCGGGUCAGGCCCGCGGCCCCGGCCCGGCGGGGCCGUCCGGCGCGGCGGGCGCCGGCGCCGCAGGCGCCGGGCCGGCGGAGCGGCAGGAGGCCGCGGGCGAGGCCGCGGGCGAGGCGUUCGUGCGAAUUUCGAAGACGAGGCGCCGCCGGGAGCAGCGCCGAGAGGCGAGGAUCAUCAAGGCCCAGGUCUCGGGAGCCACGGGCGCGGGCUCCUCCUCGGCGCCCUUGGCGGCGGGCUCUCGGCGGGCCUCGCGCUGCGGGGGCGAGGGGUCGGACUCGGCGUUCCAGUAGGCUGCGCGCCGUCUUGAGGGGAGGCUCUGGCACCCCGAGGGCCCAGGGGCUGUUCUCUGGCUUUGGCACCGUUUCACGUCGAUUUCACACUCCGGUGCGUUUCAAGGAGCUGCGACCCGAUCCUGCAGCACCCCCGCGGUGCAAGGCGCAGUCCGUGUCCGUGUCCGUGACUCUUCCCAGCGAGGGGAGGCCCAGGCCUAAGUCCCAGGCGGGAGGGAACGAGGAGGUGGACGAAUGGAGAGACAUUUCAUCUGCAUGCCACACACUCCCGUGCACCUUUGCGAGGAAGAGCGACAAGCGAGGACAAAAGCACCUUCGCGAGGACCAAACUGUUCGGAUGUUGCAGGUCGUGCAACUUCGAGGACAUGGUCCGUAAUAUUUGUUUUGUUUUCCCCUGUGCUGGUGCACUUGCACGGUCCACUCGUUUGAAGUAGUACACGGUGUAACGGGCGUUAUAUGAGACAUGUUUGUGUUUGGCCAGGUGUUUGGCAUCACGGGCGAUAAUAUUGCAUUCAGACAUUGUCUGGCUCCUUCAUAUGCUGUGCCUCAUUUCAAUCGCGGGGAAGUGGCUAUGCGGCUCAAGUUUGAGUAAUUACGUUUGCGUUUCAGUGACACUGUAAGUCAGCUAUCAAUGACAGGUCAGAUGAACCAUCGCUCGCAUGGCGUCCCGUCUAUGUGGCUGGACGCUUCAGUUUCACUCGUGUGCCCUGUAUCAGUGUUAGCUCUGUGGCGUCACAAUUGCAUCGUUGAGAUGUAUGCAUGUA